GUGCUGCCUCUAACAAUCGAACAAGUCUUUUUGAUUUUUCUUCUUGGGGCGGAUCAUAAUUUAGAACCGCCCGAAACCUUCGGAUCCUUUCUCUCUCUCUUUCCAAUGGCUCUGAUGCGAACCAGGAGCCAAUUGAACGUAUCUUCAUUGACUCCACCACCACCUCCUCCGUCUCCGAUCCCUAGAGCCAGAGGAUCUCGUUGCGCUGCCAGCGAGAUUCUCACCGAGAUCAUUGAGCGAUCCGUUCAGGUUCCUGAGCUUACGCUUCCUGAAUCUCAUUCUGGAGGUGAAUCUUGCGGUUCACGUCAUCUGAUCCCGGCGGAGAUUGAUUUCCGGUUAUUGGCGUCGAGGAGAGAAGGUUCGGUGGAUCGGUUGGUGCGAUCGGCGAGAGAGUUUGGAGCGUUUCGUGUGAGUUAUCAUGGGAUAUCGGGGGAGGAGCUGAGGUCUCUUGUGAGGGAAUCGGGUCGGGUUUUCGGAGUUUUGGAGGGGAGAGACACCGGGUUUCACCGGAGUGUUGUCGGAAAUAGAGACGAGAUCGUGUGGGUACGGUCGUGGAAAGAGCGCAUGGAAUGGGCGCGCGAGUAUAUCGGACCGGAAAGAUACCGCUGCUUCAGCCAAGAAAUGGAGAAUGUAGCUGAUAAACUUGAAGAGAUAGCGAGGAAACUAGGGCAGAUAAUGGUAGAGAACUCAAGAAGACAAAGUGAUAAGAGGAUACAAAGAGGAGAAUCUGUACUCAGCGUUUACAGGUACAAUCAUGAAAACGUAACUGAGCAAAGCCCUCCUUUGCCCAAAGAGAGGACCGAGGAAAUGCUUCAUUACACACUCAGCCUUCACCUUCCGGCUAAGAACUGCGAGUUCCGCGUCAACUCAGGGAAAGGUCCACUUUCUUUCCAUGCUGAUCCCGACACUAUCCUUGUCACCUUUGGUCGUCAGCUUGAGGAUUGGAGUUUAGGAGAAUUCAAAUGUCGGCAAGGAGAAAUCAUCUAUCAUCCAGAUGCGUAUGGCUCGCCCACUUCCUUCUCUGUAGAGCUCAAGUGCAUGUCUCUUUUCUUAUCACACACUUCUAUCGCAACAACUUCCAAAACCUUCUCUUUAACCCAUCAGAUUUUCACUGCUUUCCUCCUACUUUUUUUCUUCCAAUGUUUUUGGAUUUAUGGAUCACGAAUGGCCGCUUAGAAUACUCAUAUAUGUAUAUUUUCUUUUCGUGGGAGGCAUGCGUGCAUUUGAAUCUUGGAUGAUCAACGGGUAAAGUCUAAAGUGUGUUUAUCUACUAGGUGGAAACUUCGGUUGUAUAUGUAAACAAAACACUUGAAAUUUGUUGCUCCCAAAAGAGAAUGCCAAUAUAGAAUUGACUGAGUU